AGGUGCAAGAGGGCGAAUAUGGAGAUAAGGGAGUGGGAGUGGCUGGAAGGGGCGGACGGGGAACAAAGGAGGCCGAAGUGCUACGCAGGGAAGGGCGGGGAAAUAGGGCGCUAAGGCCUGCUGGUGGGACUCCGGCAGGCACAGGAUGACUGCAGGGCUGGGUCCUGCUACCCGGCUGUUGGAGACCUCCUCUUGGGUCGCAGCAAGCAACUAGUGGCCUCUUCAACCUGUGGAGUGAACAGCCCCCAGAAGUACUGCAUUAUAGGCUACCUUGAGGCUGAACAGAAGUGCUUUGUCUGUGAUUCCAGGUACCCAUAUAAUCCCUAUACACAACACAACAGCCACAUGAUUGAAAAUGUUAUCACAACUUUUGAGCCAGAUAGGAAAAAAAAGUGGUGGCAGUCAGAAAAUGGCGUUGACCAUGUCAGUAUUAGACUGGACCUAGAAACUUUAUUCCAGUUCAGCCAUCUCAUCCUGACCUUUAAGACAUUUCGGCCCGCAGCAAUGCUGGUUGAGCGCUCCAUCGACUUUGGUCAGACCUGGAAAGCGUUUAGGUAUUUUGCACAGGACUGUGCAGCUUCUUUUCCCAACAUCUCUUCUGGUCCAUCAAAGGGUGUGGGAGACGUCAUCUGUGACUCAAGAUAUUCAGACAUUGAGCCCUCCACUGAAGGCGAGGUUGUCUUAAAAGCUUUGGAUCCUAGCUUUGAAAUAGAAAACCCAUAUGUGCCAUAUAUCCAAGAGCUCAUUACAAUGACAAACCUAAGGAUCAAUUUUACCAAACUCCAUACCCUCGGGGAUGCUCUCCUUGGAAGAAGGCAUGGUGAUCCCCUUGAGAAGUACUACUAUGCUGUCUACGAGAUGGUUGUGCGGGGCAACUGCUUUUGCAAUGGCCAUGCCAGCCACUGUGAUCCUAUACAGAAUCUGCGGGGUGAUGUCUUUCAUCAGCCUGGCAUGGUGCAUGGGCGAUGUAUCUGCCGCCACAACACUGAAGGCUUGUCCUGUGAAAGAUGUAAAGAUUUCUACAACGACGCUCCCUGGAGGCCAGCUGAAGGGGCACAAAACAAUGCUUGCAAACGCUGUAACUGCAAUGGCCACUCUGGCAGGUGCCACUUCGACAUGGCUGUGUACCAGGCCAGUGGUGGGGUCAGCGGUGGGGUCUGUGAGGAUUGCCAGCACAACACCACGGGGCAACACUGUGAUCAGUGCAAGCUCUUCUUUUACCAGGAUCCACACAAAGCCAUUUCGGACCCUCACGCAUGCCUCCCUUGCAGCUGUGACCCAGAGGGCACACUGCACCACGGUGCAUGUGAGAGCCGCACAGACCCUGUGCUGGGAACGGUGGCAGGUCGGUGCCCGUGCAAGGAGAACACGGAGGGUGUCCGCUGUGACAAAUGCAAGGCCAACCACUUCGGGCUAAGAGGCAGCAACCCACAGGGCUGCCAGCCCUGCAACUGUGAUGCUGCCGGCACUUUGCCUUUCUCCAUCUGUGAUCCUGCCACUGGGGAGUGCCUCUGCCAGCGGUUCACCACGGGCCAGCGCUGUGAGAAAUGUGUUGAGGGAUACUGGGGUCUUGGCAAGAGCGUGUAUGGCUGUUCUCCAUGUGACUGUGACAUUGGUGGAUCCCAGGAUAACUUGUGCUCACCAGAGGACGGUCAGUGCAAGUGCCUUCCCAACAUCGUGGGCCGCCAGUGCAAUGAGCCAGCCCCAGGCUACUUCUUUUUGCCCCUGGAUUAUUAUAUUUAUGAAGCUGAGCAUGCAACGUCCCUUUCUGGUUCUGCACCCUUGGGCACAGCUGAGCAAGGACAGGACCCAGCCCUGGAGGUGGUUUUCAGGCAGCCCAGCGCUGGCCGAGCUGUCACCUGGACAGGCCCUGGCUUUGCUCGUGUCCCCAGUGGAGCUGGGCUGAGAUUUGCCAUUGACAACAUUCCCCUGGCUAUGGACUUCACUAUUGCAAUCCGUUAUGAGCCAGAGACCUUAGAAGACUGGUUAGCAAGUGUUGCUGUCCAGCCCACUGGUGUUUCAUCAAGUCAACAGUGCAAAGCCAACGGCUUUUCACAGGAACCUCAUGUGUUUGCCCUCCCAGCUACAAAGAGGAUUGCCCUACUGCAGACCCCAGUCUGCCUGGAGCCAGGAACCCAGUACUCUGUGGAUGUGUAUUUUUCUCAGCCCUCUGCCUCUGACCCAAAGGCUAAACCGUUCAUCUUGAUUGACUCUCUUGGACUUAUUCCCAGAAUCAACUCCAUGGAGAACUUAUGCAGCAAAAAGGACUUAGAUGACUACCAGAAUUAUCACUGUGUCGAAAUUGCAUCACAAGUCGGACCUCAUGUGCUGCCCGAGGCGUGCGCCCGGCUGAUAGCCAGCAUGUCAGCCCGCCUUCACCGCGGCGCUGUCGCAUGCAAGUGCAAUCCCCAGGGCUCACUGAAUGCCAGCUGCAGCAAACUGGGGGGGCAGUGCCAUUGCAAAGCCAAUGUAGUGGGGCGCUGCUGUGACACUUGCUCUGCAGGCAGCUAUGGCUUCGGCUUCCAUGGCUGCUACCCGUGUGAGUGCCACCCGCAGGGCUCAGUGAGCUCGCUGUGUGACCAGGUGACAGGGCAGUGUGCCUGCCGCCGGGAUGUUGAUGGCCGACGCUGCAGCCAAUGCCUGCCCGGGUAUUUUGGGUUUCCCCACUGCCGCCCUUGCCCAUGUCACGGCUUCGCAGAGCUUUGCCACCCAGUGACUGGCGAGUGCCUGAACUGCAGCAGGUUUACAGCUGGAAGGCACUGUGAAAGGUGCAUCAAUGGCUAUUAUGGAAACCCUUCCAACAGAGAACCCUGCCGCCCAUGCAUGUGCCCAGGAGUACCUACAAGCAAGAGGUUUUUUGCACAUUCCUGUUACCAGGACUCCCAGACUUCACAAAUAGUCUGCAAUUGUCUUGAGGGAUAUUCAGGCAGCCGGUGUGAUGAAUGUCCUAGCGGGUUCUACAAAAUCCCAGGAAGCCCGGGGGAGGAAUGUGCACCAUGUCCCUGUAACAACAACAUUGAUGUGACAGACCCGGAGUCCUGUAACAGGGUCACCGGGGAAUGCGUCAAGUGUUUGCACAACACCCAUGGAGCAAACUGCCAGUUCUGCAAACCUGGGUAUUUUGGCUCAGCCCUCGAUCAGGACUGCCGAAUCUGCAAGUGCAAUCCUGCAGGUGUCCUCCCUGCCACAUGCCCUGGGGAGGAUGCAGCCUGCCUGUGUGACCCGGCCACCGGAGCUUGCCCAUGUCAGCCCAACGUGGUUGGUACAACAUGCGACCAGUGUGCGCCAGGCUACUGGGACCUGGCUGGUGGAAAAGGAUGUCAGCUCUGUGACUGUGACACGAAAAACACCCAAAGUAACCAAUGUGACCAGCUUACAGGCCAGUGUCUGUGUAAGGUAGGCUAUGGUGGGAAACGCUGCGAUGAAUGUGAGGAAAACUACUUUGGCAAUCCCCAGAAGCACUGCAUUUCAUGCAACUGUAACCCAGAGGGAACCAGCUGGCCCCGGUGUGACAAAGCCACUGGUGUGUGUAACUGCCGUGUUGGUGUCACUGGGCGGUUCUGUGACCAGUGUGGCCGUGGCUUCGAGAAAGACUUUCCCUCUUGCCAUCAGUGUCAUCUUUGUUUUGAUGAGUGGGACACUGAAAUUACUGCCCUCGCCCAGACUGUUCAAGGGUUAAUGAGGUUUGCUGCAAGCCUAGAAGAUAAAGGAGGACGGAUGCCCAGCUGUGACAUGCGAUUCAAAGCCUUUGAAGAUGCCAUUUCUGAAAUUGAAAGAAUUUUGAAACAUCCUGUUUUUUCAUGGGAGGCACUCUCAAGCAUCAAGGAUUUUCAUGGCUAUGUUCAACAGCAAAUUGCACAAAUGGGUCUGAUUCGUAGUAUGCCGUAUGAAUUUCCUGACUUCACUGAGAACAUUGAAGACAUUGGUGAAGAAGCUGAUCGUGUCUAUGAACUUCUACAACAGAAAUUAGAUCUGCAUCGCACUUUUCAUUACUUGAGCCUCAAAGAGGCCAUCAAGAACAUUAGGAAACACUCUGAAGUAUCAUUCCUGGCAGAACAGAAAGCUCGUGAGACAGCCCCUGUGGUAAGGCACUCAGAGCACACAAGGCAGAGCGUGCUCACUGUGAUGCACAAACGGGCCUGGGAAGGGAGCAGAGUGCUGGAGCAGCUCAAACUGGUCAAGAUCCCUGACAUUCAACACUUGGCUGAAAAGAUCUGCGGGGUGCCAGGAAACCAUUCCUGUGCUGCAGCAGCUUGUGGGGGAGGCCCAAACUGCAGCGGAGCUCUUCCUCUCUCCUCCAGUGCAUUCAGGAAAGCCAAGGAGACUGCUGUCCUGCUAACUAACUUGACUAUUCAGCUACAGGACCCUGAGAAUCAAUAUCUCCAGGUUGAAAGCAUCAGAAAAAUGGCAGAAGACACCAAGCUGAAAGGUUCACACUUCAAUGGGGAACUGGAGAAAGCUAAGAACCAGAUUAAAAUUGACCGAGAAGUCACAAAGGAAUUUAUCAGAAAAGUGAAAAACUUCUUGUCAGAUGAGAGCGUGCCUCCAGAAGACAUCGAGCAGGUGGCAAGUUACGUCCUGCAGAUAAACCUUCCCCUGACUCCGAGAAAGCUAGCAAGCAUGCUUGGCAAAAUCAGAAGCGUUAUGGUCCACUGUGAGAGCUACAAACUGAAUGCAAAUAAGAGAAACAGGAAAGUGGAAGUGGCUCACACACUGCUGGUGGAGGCAUGGGCUGCCGACAAAGCAGCUAAAGCUCUUCCCCCUGUGGACAAAAUUAAUGAUGAACUAAAAAAUGUUGUGAGCUCUCAAGGACACUCCAAAAAUACCCUCAUGAAGUUAAAUGAAGAGCUACAAGGAAUCAAAGCACAAAUCUCACAGGCUGGGAACCAAAUGAACAAGACAAGCGAUGAACUCAGUGACUUUUCAGCAAAACAGUCCAAUUUGGAAGACGAAAUUACCACACUGCAAAUGAAAAUGCUGAUGAACAGGAAUCAAGCUACAAAUCUGAGAGCAGGGGCAGAGGCAACAUACAAGCGAGCUCAGAAAAUUGAUAACGAAUUCACUGACAUUAAAAGGAAGUACACCAUUCUUCAAGGCAAGCUGAAAGCAAAAGGAUCUCCAAAAGUAACUCUAGAAAAAGUGAAGCAGCUGAAGGAAGAAGCAGAAAAACUGGCUGAAGAGGCUGAAAAAAAAAUUAGAAGAAUAACAGAUUUGGAGAAGAAGCUUCAGGACCUGAAUCAAACCAAGCAAGACAAGGCAGAGCAACUCAGACAACUAGAGGAACAAGUGAUAGCCAUUAAAAAUGAAAUCACAGAGCAGGAAAGCAAGUACUCAACGUGCAAAAGCUAAGGGCUGGGCAGGUAAAGUGCAAUAGAGGCCUCUGUUACCACCUCAUGAGCACAGGGUGGCUGUCCUCUGUAUGUAAGUCUGAAGGUGUGUUCAGAAUUUUGGUGUGGGGAAUAAUGUAACUUUCUCUUGGUUUUUAGUCUGUAUGAGUUUAUAUGGAAUAUAAGCAACUUUUAAUAAACUUUUGUAAUCAGGAUACAGUCCUGAGGGGAACUCAAAAAUACACAGCUGUCCACAGCCUAUGACUUCUCAUUGCGAGGGCUGGAAAUCAUAGAAUCAUUAACAUUGGAAAAGACCACUAAGGUCAUCUAGUCCAGCCAUUGGCCCAUUCCCAUUGUGCCCACUAACCCAUGUUCCACAGUGCCAUAUCUCCAUGUUUCUUGAGUGCCCCCAGGGACAGCGACUUCACCACUUCCCUGGGCAGCCUGUGCCAAUGUAUUACCAGGGAAGAGGUGGAGCUGCUGUCCCUGGAGGCGUACAAGAAACAUUUAGAUGUACUAAGGGACACGAUUUAGUAGGGAAAUAUAGGUGGUAGGUGGACGGUUGGACUGUUUGAUCUUGGAAGUCUUUUCCAACCCUGGUGAUUCUAUGAUGUUAAGAUGCGUGGACUCAAAAGGGGACUUGAAAAAGGAGGAUUUGUAAGAGAUCCCCAGACAGCUGCCUCAGAGAUGGCUCCAAGCACCCUCAGUUAUGUUGCUGAACCUCCAAGUGCCUGGGGCUGCCUGCAGGACCUGACCCUCAGAGGAAUCCAAAACCACACUGAGCCACCAGGAGCGGUGGGUGACAGGCAGCAAAGCCCCCAGUGCCCGCUGGAUGGCAGUGCACAGAUGUUUAACGCCGAAAUCGACUCCGAAAUCACAGCAGUACUUUUUUUGUGUGUUCCUAAAGGGCGGCCCACGUUUUUCAUUAGCACUCUCCAGCUUGAGAACGGCCCCAGCAUUUCAGCCUAACCAUGGAGCUGAAGGCUGCGCGCUCUGAAGAAGUUUCUCAGCAGUUCUCCUACACGUGGUGGUGCUUUACAGCAGUCAUGUUUUGCACAGCAGCUCCUUGUAGCCGUACAAAACACAGGAUUCGUCCUAAAUUUUAGUUUAGAAUUUGUUUCUAAUAUUAGACAGGAGGUAGAUAAAGGCUACAGGAAGGGUAUAGUGUUAGAAAGGUCAAAGGGAGCGAGGCCUCCGCUUCAGAAUCUCACCCUUGGUACUCCUGGAGCUGAGCAGAGCAUCUCCAGCUUUCCCUCAAUAAAAAUGAGCCAUGCCCGCCUGCACUGCCCCACAGGGAGCACGCACUCAUUGUGGGCUGUGUGAGUGCGGUGUGAGGAGCCGGGCGCUGCCUCCAUCCUGAGGCGGCCCGGUGCCAGCAGCACAGGUACAGCAGGCCUCACGUGACAGCCUGCCUUGCGUCCGCCCAAGGAGAUGAAACCUGUGCAGUUAGAGAGUUAAAAGCAUCUGUACCUGGUGGGGGGCUUGCAUAGCAACAGCUGGCACAGAGAUCUCAGUGUUGUUCCUGUGACUCCGACCAGCUGCAUAGCAGGCAGAGUGCCACAUGCAUUGCAGCUCCUGCUGUGACAACAACGGCACCAAACUGUAACCUUGAUGUGACCUGGCAAAGGCACGUGCAUGGCUGGUGUGCACAGAAUUUGCGCUUUACCUUUUCCUGAAUUUUAGCAUUUCAAAAAAAUCACCUGUGAGAGGCAAUAAAGCAGGCCUGGAGAUGAGAUGAAUCCAUGAGAGGAAACUUUUAAAAGUGUUUCUGUAAAGUCAAUCUGCAUGCACAUGCUUGAUCUGGAUCAAACCCACUUGUUAAGAGUCCUUCCAACCCCAGUUCUCUUUCUUGUGGAAACAAACAACAUUUAAUCAAAACCAUGUGAAUCCAAACAGAUACUCAAUCAAACAGGAUCUUGGCAGAUGUUUCUGGGCAUUCAACCACAGCCGUGCUACAACAGGCGGUAAAUUGGGCCUCCCUGAGCUCAGAGACAUCCCUGAGCCAGGCACACAAGCAGCUCCGUGGGCACACUCAGCCUGUGUUAGAUCCGGAGAGGAUAACAGUUCAGCCAGACUACGAAAGAGAGAAAAAAAGAAAGAUAAAAACUCAAUAAAAAUUAGAAAAAUAUGCAACAGAAAAGAAUCCAGUGGAAAUGAAACACGGCUAUUGCACGCAGACAGGAGGGAUGCUGCAGACACCUUCUGCCCCUUACUGCUGGAGCUCACCGACCACAGCAGAGUAAAGCAUUUUCUAAGUAGGACAAAUGCAUUGUUGUAUUGAAACUAACACAAAGCCAAGCUGUGAUUUGCAUGACAGGACUGUGAAAUUCUAUGAGUUCCGUGAAUUCAAAGACCACAUUGCAAAAGAGGUUUAGAAUAACAAUACCUCAAUACCUGUCCUGCCAGCUAAGAAUGGUUUAAUUUCCUGGGCAUCUUUAAUGAAACACAGCCAUGAGCCCUUCGGUGGUGAGCCCUGGGUUAUGUUCCAGACCUGGUGUUUAACCUUUAGGGCAGGCCACUUGGUAUCUCUCUGUUUCUGCUUAUCCAUCUGUAAAACGAGAGCGAGCAUAUUUACCUACCCGGCAGGGUUUUGUGGGACGCAGCCCGCCGCACGUUUCCAUUCAGUGACUGCAAACAGUGAGGGCAAAGUGUUCUUGAGGGACACCGGUACCUGGCAAGGAUUUACGCACCGCCUGUGCGUGCACAGCACACCUUGUGUGCAGAACUCAGGACCCGUCUCGGCACACCGAGCCCACAGGAUCCCACAUUUCCAGCCUCACUCGCAGCAGGAGGACAAACGCUGCAGCUUCAGCCUGCCAGCAGAGCUCCCGCUGCACUAACAAAUUGGUCUGCUCUCCUCAAACCAUCCCUCCACCAUCCCGGCGCUGUGUGUCUGGAGCUAGGGAGGGGCUGCCGGCGGCCUCUCCUCGUGCUUUGUGGCCACCGAGCACUGCACGAUAUAGCUGUCGCAUGGGCGGCCAGCGCCCUUGCCCGGCCUCGGACGGCAGGCAGCGCGCAAGGCGGUCUCCAAGCCCGUUCCCAAACGGUUUCUCCGCCGAUAACAUCUCUGGGGGGCGUCGCCCCGUCGGGUUCGCUCAUCCCCACACCGGAGCACGCACCCAGCACGGGCUCCCCUCCACUCCCACUCGGGUGUCAGCUCGCGAGCCCGGGUUGCAGACGGUUCUCUGCCGCCCUCCGCCCC